AUUUUUGUACGUCUCACUCACUGAAGAAUUCGACAGUUUGCAAGAAAGAACUCGUUGAUUGUAAAUUUUUGCAGAAAAGUGCAUAUUAAAAAUUACAAAUUCUAAAAUAAUUAAAUUAACAUUUAAGGGCGUAGCAAGCGCGACGGAUAGUAAAGGCCCGGCAAUUUGGUUCGCGUAAAGUACACAGAAAGCGUACAUAUUUGUGAGACAUCUGUUGGUUGUACCAUAUUAUGGAAGAAAUAUGUCGCGCGUCUAUUAAUUCAAUCACAUUGGGCAUUAAACAGCCUUUUACGGCAACAACGAUUGUCGUUUCUUCUGCCGCAAAGCAUCAGCCGCUUUCACAAUCGGAUUCAUUAUCACUGGACGAACAACCUUCAACAUCUAGCGGCUUGCACACCGCCUCAAUGUCGCUGCUACAGGAGGAAUUUGUUGACUCGCAACAUGAUUUUGCCGAAGUUUUGGAUGAUGAAACUACCACUUCUGGAGUGCUGGAAACAUUUGAAAUAAGUUCAUCAAACUCAUUACCGCCGAGCUGCUCAGAUGUGCAUAGAGAGGUUGUGGUUGAUGAUAGUUCUUCUUCGGAUACCAUAAAAUUAGUUGAGGUAUCGGACGGCACCUCCUGCAAAAACAAAUUUUUUAAUGUAUCUGAGGUAUAUGUAAUCAAUGAUGAUGAUGAUGAAGAUGAUGAUGACGAUGAUGUUGUGCCAGAAGCGGGAGAUGACGAUUUGACUUCUGCGAAUACCACAGCUGAGCGACAUUGCACGAAUGAUAGCGAUAACCAGCUUAGUCGCUUUUCGACCAAUAGUACCAGCAAUCAAAUGGGCAGCGUUAUUGUAACAAAUGGAGGUGCGACAAUUUUCCUCGAAACACCAGUGGUGGAGGAACAUCACGCUCAACUCAGUAAUGCGGGAGUAAAAGGUGAAUUUGGAGAGAAAAAUGGAAAACCGAAACGCCUAAGUGACGAAUUUAUGCAUACAGAAGAAGCAGAGCCUUUCAGUAAAGUGAAUGAAGACAGAGGCCGAAAUCCCCAAGAGGACUCUAACGCAGCCACCACAUUUGAAGGAAUUAGCGGCACUGAAUUACUGCCAGAUCGUAUGUCUUUUCGAUUGAAAAAAAUGAAUAUUAAUAACUCAGCGAAUACAAAAAGGGAAAAUAGUAGUGGCUACAGUUUUAAUAACCAUACGGAAAAGCCUUCCAGUUCAAAAAGCAAUGAAAAUGAGAUAGUCCUAUUGCCAACGCCCAGCAUGGCAGACAUCGAAUCUAUGGACUUAAUAGAACGCCGAGAGUUCGAGACGGAACAAAUGCUGACGGGUGGUAUAGUUUUAAAAAGUAGCUCGUUAAAGACCAAAAAUAUGCUUAAUUUGAGGCUGAUUAAGUCGACAUGUAUGCAAAAUCAGCAACAGAACUCAAGAGGCCAACAGGAACAGUUGGAGCUGGGAGAUGAUUGUCCAAGCAGUAGCAGCAAUAUAAAUAAUAGCAGUCACAGCAGUGGUACUGGUCGUGCUAUUUCUUCGGACAGCAAGUGUGCUUACAAGGAUCUGGCGUCAACUCCAACGAGUAGCCGAAACUACAACAGUCGUUUAACCAAAUCAACUGCCAAACUUAAUUUGUGCUCUACUCUAAGUCAUUCUCAGCCAGGUCAAUUGCAGCCUCUUCAAGAUCGGACAAGUGCCAACAAUUCCAAAAUUCAAUUGAAAUUACAACACACAGGCAACAAUAACAGUCUGAAUUCAUUAUCCUCAUCUUCCCAUACAUGUACGUCUUCUUCCGGAUCUACUUCUGCAUCUUCGUCCUCAUCGUCCUCGGUAAUUGUGGAAGCACCCACUGCCCCAUCGGCUUCAUCAUCAUCGUCACUGCCAGGUUCCUCUGCUUGCACAGUAGGUGAAAGAGGCGCGGAAAUAUACUCCAACUCUAAUUCAAAUGAUAGUCUUAUGAGCAGCGCUUCAACUACUAAUUGCCGUCAACGACAACCACUAGUUGGAUUUGUUGAUAGGUCAGAUGUGGGUGGUUGCAGCCGUACCAGCUCAAUACAUGCAGCUGUGGCAGAAGCAGAAAGCAAUGCAGUAGCCGCAGCAGCAGCUACAGGAGCAGCAGUGGUUUCGGUUUUCGAUGACCCUCAACCUUCAACUUCAUCUGCUCGUUGUCAAUAUGCUCCGUCCAUGAAGAGUUUACGACAGGUGCACGCUAGCGCACAGACCAAUGAGCGUUAUCUCGGUCGCGGCGGGAUUGCAAAUGCGGGAAUCGGUGGUUCAGCUGUUUCUGCUGCAUCUGGUAAUAGCGUCAACUUCCAUCUAACGCCCAGCCGAAACCGACGACGUUCAGACUUGGCGGCUCAACUGAAUCGCAACAAUACCUCUGAGGAAGUAAUUACAGCGGCUUUUAAAGUGAUGGCCGAAGCAGCGGCUGCAGCCGUGGUGGCUGACUACAAUGAUGAAUCUUCAUGGGCCGACUGUGACGAGAAUACUUCCGAUGAAGAGAUUUGUACAUGUAAUCAAAGCAGCAGCAGUAGCGGCAGCAAUAGCAGUCAUGGCGGUAGCAACACCAGCCUAAAUGAGACUGAUACAGAUGCAGCAGAUAUAUCUUUUGGAAAUGCUAGUGCCUCCUGUGCUACUAAGGAUGGCGACCUUUCAAAUUAUAUACAAAUGGUUUCGAUAUCGGAGGAGGUGGUCGGUAAUAGCGUAGCUAACUCCACAACGGAGAAUGCAGCCACCUGUGCACACUUUAAUGCACAACAGCGUAAGCGAAAAUAUAAUGAAAGCCGUUUGUUAGACGUUGACUCCAGUGCUGCCGUGACCAGUAGUGGUACCAGCUCAAAUAUGGAUGAUGCCAACAGUAGAAAACGCAUAGCAUAUGACUUUACGUCAACGGCACGCCUCAAUAGUGCUUUAGUAGCUUUACCACCUACACCAUCUACACCACUGUCGCAAUUGACAUCUAGCAUCAAUUCUUCAAUGGGUCGUCGAACCCCGCGUUCUAUCAUACCCACACGUGAGAAUCCACCACCCGAGUUACAGCACUGGCUGACACAAUUUCACCGUUGGACACAUGUUGAACGACUUAUGGCCAUUGAUCGGCUAAUUGAGCAUUGCGAGCCAACUCAAGUACGUCACAUGAUGAAAGUAAUUGAACCGCAAUUCCAACGUGACUUUAUUUCGUUGCUGCCGCGUGAGUUAGCGCUUCAGGUACUCACCUACUUGGAGCCAAAAGAUUUGUUGCGUGCCGCACAGACUUGCCGCAGUUGGCGAUUUUUGUGCGACGAUAAUUUGCUAUGGAAGGAAAAAUGCCGAAAGGCGCAAAUACUCACCGAACCACGUACAGAUCGGCCGAAACGCGGGCGUGCUGGUAAUAUGCCUCCAAUUGCGUCCCCAUGGAAAGCUGCGUACAUGCGGCAGCAUAUAAUCGAAAUGAAUUGGCGAUCGCGUCCAAUACGGGAGCCGAAGGUGUUGAAAGGUCAUGAUGAUCACGUGAUCACAUGCCUGCAAUUCUCGGGUAAUCGCAUAGUGUCCGGCUCGGAUGACAAUACUUUGAAAGUGUGGUCGGCUGUGUCUGGCAGGUGUUUGCGUACGCUGGUUGGCCACACCGGUGGUGUCUGGUCCUCGCAGAUGUCGGGCAAAAUUAUAAUCUCAGGUAGUACCGAUCGUACAUUAAAAGUCUGGGACAUGGAUACUGGUCAAUGUUUGCACACGUUGCUGGGGCAUACCUCCACCGUACGAUGUAUGCAUUUACACGGCAAUAAGGUCGUUAGCGGUUCUCGCGAUGCCACUUUGCGCGUAUGGGAUAUAGAGCAGGGGUCCUGCCUUCAUGUGUUGGUCGGUCAUCUGGCAGCUGUGCGUUGUGUGCAAUAUGAUGGCAAAUUAAUUGUGUCGGGUGCCUAUGAUUAUAUGGUGAAGAUCUGGCAUCCCGAACGCCAGGAAUGCUUGCACACUCUAUCCGGUCAUACAAAUCGCGUUUAUUCCUUACAGUUCGACGGUACACAUGUAGUAUCUGGAUCACUCGAUACUUCUAUACGGGUAUGGGACGUUGAGACUGGCAAUUGUAAGCAUACACUCAUGGGACAUCAAAGUCUAACUUCUGGCAUGGAAUUGCGGCAGAAUAUUUUAGUUUCAGGUAACGCCGAUUCUACGGUAAAAGUAUGGGACAUCACAACAGGGCAAUGCCUGCAAACUUUAUCAGGUCCGAAUAAACAUCAGUCAGCGGUAACUUGUCUGCAAUUCAAUUCGCGUUUUGUAGUUACAAGCUCGGAUGAUGGCACAGUAAAAUUAUGGGAUGUCAAAACUGGUGAAUUCAUACGUAAUUUGGUAGCUUUAGACUCGGGUGGCUCUGGUGGUGUUGUGUGGCGUAUAAGAGCAAAUGAUACCAAAUUAAUAUGCGCUGUGGGUUCGCGUAACGGCACAGAGGAAACGAAACUCAUGGUUUUAGACUUUGAUGUGGAGGGAGCUUGUGUAAAAUGUUCAUAGAAGAUGUUGCUACAGACUGCAGACUGCAGCAAACAAAAAUUCAUAUAUUAAACAUAUUACACCGAAAGAGCAAAAAAUUCGUAGUCCUAGGUAGUAUUUGUAAAAGAAAAAACUUUCAAAACAAACUCUGCAAACGACAUAUGGGGUGGGGGGAAUCAAUGAAAUUGUCUUAUAAUAUGAGUUUUGUAAUGUCCUGUACACCACGCGCGUCACACAUCUUUCUCAUAAGGAUUUACCUCCUAAGUUUCUUGCGAAAAAAUUAACGGUUAGCCCAUUUCCAAAUUAGGGAGUGCCUACAACAAUUAUAUUGCAUUAUAACGUCUGAAGAAAUAUUCAUCUGUCAGCGGAAUUGUCCGACACAAUUAACACAGAAUUUUCGACAUUAUAAAAAAGGUCAUUACCUAAUUGGGGAAAUGAGGAUAGAAGAACCUAAAAUAAGAAUAAAAAAGUAAACUGUCAUAUUUGAGAAGGAAUGGCCCAUUUUAAAUUGUCAUCAUUUUCAAAGUGAUUACCACUUCAAUAAUAGCAGUUUAUAUUAUACCCAUAUAUGCAUUGAAUGAAGUCUACACUAAUAUUUCUUCCAAUUAGGUACAUUAUGUAAUGUCAACGUAUUGAAAAUACGUUCUGCCAUUUGCUAUGCUUAGUAUUUACGUCUAGCAAGUGAAUAGAAUGGCAAUUGUGUAUGUGCUGCUAUAAAUGCAAGUAACAAAAAAAAAAAGAUUAAAAUAAAAAAUGAGAGAGGUAUAGAAAGUAGAAUAUGUUAUUUUGGUAUAAAGUAUGCAUUGCGUUUAGGAUUUACGCAAACAGAAAUUUAUAAACACAUGUAAAGGUUGCAGACCUUUUUGUUUUACUAGUACAACUAAUUUAUAUUUUUAAUGUUUAUUUCUACUAGUUUUAAUUAUUGAGUUUGUAUUAAACACAUUUUAAAAUGAA